GGGCUCGAAGCAAGACUAUGUAGGACUGGAUCUACACGCAAUCUUUCCACGAGUGCCCUCAUCAAUGACUUUGUCAUACUUUGAGCCCCUGCACACGCCAGUGUUAUCUUUCGGAUCCCCUCCUCAAAAGUCCGGGCCCCAACCCCGAUCAUCUGCAGAGUAUCUUCCAACUCUUCGUAAAGAAUGAAUUCCAGAGUGAGAUUGCCCCGAAACAACAGCAGACUGCGAGUUCAGUGGAUAUUCCUUUGCAGCUGAAGAGAGCAAAAGAAUUAUGGUCCCAGUUACGUCAGGAGUCUGACCAACCUCUCUGGUCAUGUGACCAAUUCCAGUGGGCGAAACAGCUGUGGUCUCUUAAACGAGACCUGUUGCCUGCAACGUUGACCCCUCGACUCUGACUCUAACCAUGAUCUUCUUUCUGACUUCACGGAUAUUAAUUUCCGCUGUCGCAUUCCUGUACCCAGGGUACGCCUCGUACAAAACGUUAAGCCAGCGUCCUGCAUCCGAGGAGGAUCUGGAGCGAUGGCUCAUGUACUGGUCUGUACUUGGCUGCAUCGUUAGUGUGGAGUAUGUCGCGGAAUGGGCUAUCUGUUGGAUCCCCUUCUACUACACACUCAAGACGAUCCUCCUGCUCUACCUCGCGCUGCCGCAGACGCAGGGAUCCACAUACAUCUACACCGUGCACCUGCACCCGUUCCUCCGCGAGCACGAGACCCAAAUCGAUUCGCUCCUCGCGCAGCUGCGCGCGCACGUCUUCGCAUUCCUGCAGAAACAGUUCCGGACGCUGUGGGAUCAGUUCGGAUUAGGGAGUGGCCAGCAGCCGUCCAUCGAUCCCACCGUCCAGCAGCCACCGGUACCUCCGCCGAGUGGACUGGGCGGCAUAGUUGGCGGGCUCUGGGCGACCUAUGGGCCCGGGAUCGUGGCCAGCGGCGCGGCGAUGCUCCGCCCGGCGCCCCAGCAGCGGGCGCCUGGCUCCGGCUUCGGCUCCGGCUUCAGGGGAUACGAUGCCGCAGGAUCCGCCCCGACCGCGUUCCCCACGAGUCUCGAUCCCGGUGCGGCGCAGAGCAUUCUGCAGCGCAGGCGGCAGCUAGAGGCGGAACUGGCGGCGCUCGACUCGGGACUUCCGUCCGCCCUGUCGCCCGGAUCUGUGUUGACGCCCGGGGCCUCGCCCUCGACGACGUACUCGCGCAGCUCGUCCGGGAAUGACCUGGUUCACCGCGGGCCGCGGGACCGCGUGGACAGCGUUUCGGGGCGAUUCGAGGAGGUCGAGGUGCCCAGCGACGGGGAGGGCUAUGAUACGCGCGAGGGUGACCGCCCGGGUGUUCAGUCACGCGGGAGCUGGUUUGGCUGGGGCAGUCGACCGAACUCUGGGUAUGAACGGCUCAAGUCGUCUUGAGGGAUACUUGACGAGCCGUGCAUUCGGUUCCAUCUCACGCAUCACACAUCACACAUCUGGCAUAUCUCGCAUUCGGUCCCCUGCUUUCCCAUACUUACUACAUCUCUUGUACUUUUGUCACGCCUGUAUAAAUUUCACGUUUACUUCCACGUUUAUCACAGGGACUGGGCAGACACUGCUUUGUCACUCGGGUCGGAUGUUUUCGUGUUUUACCGGAGACGAUGAAACCUGUCUGGAAAGAUGAUCAUGAUGUGCAUACACCUGCCUGGGUCCUGAAGGCGGUGAGAAGGUGCUAAAUUUGGUUCCCACCGGCUGACAACAGCAUCUAAUCGAAGUGUGUGUGUGGGCAUCACAUCUUGCAUGUGCACAAAGGCCCUGGAACGAUGGAUGACGACGAGGCUCAGAAUUAGUCGGCGCAAGCUGGAUGGUGCCGAUCACGGUCGUGGCUAAUAACCCUCGCCUGGCAGAUCAUGUACUUACAGAUCAUAUACUUCAGACGAGUCUCGUGCAGAGGCUCCAUCGCCACUCACGCAGCCCGAGACGUCAACAGGCUCCAAUGCGAAUAAGGGACCGCCUUGUGGAUGUUGACACCUGGCUUGGCUUACAUACGCGUCCGCCCCGAUGACAGCCGUCUCAGAGCGAGAAUGCGAGGCUGGCGUGGUGCUCUCGGCACGCCCCGGCGGAUGUGGCGCUGGUGUGGUGUGGGAUGCUGCGGACACGAAUCGCUGGCUGGCAGGCAGGCAGGCUGCAGAUCCCAGACGCCCCCCGCCUGCUGCUGUGACCAAAUUGGAAGUGGGGCUGCGAACUGAGGUCUCGGCUCGGAUGGGAGUGUGCUUGAUUCGAUCUAAAGAAUCUCCGGAUUGCGUGCCGCGGCUCGCCGCCGGGCUUUCUGUCACUGCUUUUGCAGUGCGUACUUGGAGUUUCAUCAGUGCAACCGUCAGGCUGAUUUCAACUGAUUUCGAGCACAUAGUAUCAAGUAUGAAGUCCAAGGAGAUUACGUGACCACAUGACUUCGACGUGGGAAUUAUGCAGCUUUGACGUUGAUUGAAUCGGCUCUAUCCGAAUCGAGAAGUCAGGAUAGUGUAAGCAAGACUGACAAGGGCUGCAGCGGCAAAUCGGGCAAGCCCUUUCUGCAUGAUUGGAGGAGGGAGGUGGGAGUCAGUGGGAGAGGGAGCAAGACAAUCCUCGAGCCUCCCCACACGAGGCUGGGCGGCUUCUCCAGAUAAUGUUCGGAGUGAGGGGAGACGAUGUGAUGAAGUUGAUGGCUGUCGAGGAACAUGAUCCUGUCGAGGAUAAGGUGAUCUUUCCCCAUUUGACCUCGUGGGGUGUGCGCCAAACGGAAGCAAAAAGAAGUCUUUCUGAAGGAAAGCAUAAUCCGCCGGCAGCCAUCUGGGAACCCUUGCCAUAAUCCUGUUUUCUCUUGCCACCACCUUCUCCGGUGGACGACUAGGCGCGCGCGCGCACGACUUUACAGGUGGACCCGCGUCCAGACCUCCCCCGUAUGCCGCAGGCAGUCAAGAAAGACAUAUCCGCCCAGAGAGCGCAGGAGAAGGAGUCCAAGCGGGCCCGAGGCGCGCUUUCGUGUGCCGAAUGUAGGAGAUUGAAGCUCAAAUGUGACAAGACCGUCCCGUGCUCGAGCUGUAAACGACGAGGAUGCUCCGCCAUCUGCCCCAACGGCAGCCUGAUCACUGGGCAGGGUACACGAUUCGUUCUAGCGGACACGGAGAAACUGCACCAGAAGAUCGCGCUCAUGAGUGACCGGAUUCGAAGUCUCGAAGACGCCCUCGCAAUCUUGCAGAGCACCACCUCGAGCGAGUCUCAUCCGCUGCUCGACCGCGAGUCGCUUAAAAUCAAGUCCAGCAUCGAGCUGCAUUCGGCUGUCGAAAAUCAGGAGGAGCUCAACGUGGAGGGAAACGCCGGGGAGUCAGAGGAUAUCGACGACUCUAUCGACGCGUUUGGGACCCUCGCUAUCCGGGAUGACGGCGCUGCGACAUUUUACGGACGAAGUGCUGGUACUGAGAGUCUUCUGAUGGGUGAAGGUCCUUCUGCCAAAUCAACACCACUGAUCCCCCAGCUCGGGAGCAAUGCGCUUUCCUCCGCACUUGGCGCUUCUGUGCUGCGUCGCCCAGACACCAACGGCAUUUCAUCCAUCGCCUCGUUCAACUCCUCCUUCCCGUUCUCGGGCAACGCGUCGGGAAUCGACCUGGACUACUUGGCAGGCCGUUUACCGCCUUACGAGGAGACAGCGCGUCUGUGCGAGCUGUACUUGGCGCAGGCCCCGUGGUUUUUCGGCGCUGUCACGUCAAGUCAGCUGGAGGACGAGAUACUCCCGCUGUGGUAUCCCGAUGCGCCAAGACAAUCGACGCGCGGGGGGAGUCCGCCGCCCAUUGGUACCGCCCACGACCUCGCGCUGAUCUACGUUAUCCUGUGCUUUGGUGCACUCGGUGACGUGCGUCUGCCAUUUCCCGCAGCCCACGAUCCGAAUGCGGCGGAAACAGUCCCACACGCGGGUGCUGUCCGAGAUUCGGAGUACUAUUACGCGUUGACGAAAGCGUCUUUGACGCUCGAGCCUGUUUUGGAGGGCCCGCCGAGCGUCGCGACUGUGCAGACGCUGGCGUUGAUGGCGAUCUUCGAGGGUCUGUGUGCUGGGGAAAACAGCAUCGAGAGCACUUGGGCUAUCUUUGGACUUUCCACGAAACUGGCUCAAAGCAUUGGUCUCCACCGUGACUGUGCCAGAUGGGGUUUGAAAGCACCCGAGGUCCAGAAACGGCGCGCUCUCUUCUGGGAGCUGUUCAUCACCGAUUGUUGGCAGGCCCUGGCGACGGGUCGGCUGCCGACAUUCUCGCUGCCCUUCGUGGACUGCGAGCUACCGCAGGACGUCGAGCAGUCCCUGGCUGAGGAUGGUACCCCUCAAUCUUCAUUCCCCUUCUGGAAGGCGCGCUUCGGGGCCGAGUGUGUGUCUGCCGUUGUGCAGGGCACCCUCACAUCGCGAGCGCCCAAGUACUCGGUCAUCGUCGAGCUCGACCGCAAAGUCCGCGAUAUGGAGCUGCCGAAAUACGCCAUGGGGCCCCGGCCCGAUGGGAUCCCGCUAUCGGCAUUUAUGAGUCACUGGAUGCCGACAAUGUAUCGACAUUUUGCGCUUCUCUACGUUCACCGAUGCUUCUUCGCACAUGCCAUCUCCAACCACCCGAAUGAUCCUAUCAAGAGCCCUUACGCGCCCUCGUUCCUGGCUGGGUACCAGAGUGCAUGUGGACUGCUUUCGGCCCUGAGGAAGCAGUUCAAAGUGUUUCCAUCCGAGAUUGCUCGCUUCUGGGUGCUGUGGACGCAUGCUUUCUCUGCUUCGAUCAUGCUGUCUUCCGUUGUCACUCAUGCGACACGAUCCAAAGUGGCGCAGGCUGCUCUGAUUGAGCUGCAGAAGGCAUGCGAGCUGUUCGAGGCAGGUGCCAAAAUCUGCCCUAGCUCCAGAGCAGGCAAGUUCGUGCCGAUCAUCCAGCGGCUGACAAAACGGGCGCUGCAUCUGUUCGAAGAGUCGCGCAACGGCGCCGCAGCGAUGAUCCCGAACAACAUCUUUGAGCCGUCGCGGGCCGAGAACGACGAGCUGUCGAUCUUCAGCGGGAAGACGCACACGCUGACGACAAAAGCCAAGCCAGCCAAAACUCCGCCUUCUGGGCGCUCGCUAUCUGAUUCGCCCAAGCAGCCUUUCACGGACAAUCCGUCGUUCGCGGGAGUGCAUCCGAGUCUGAUCAGCGAGCUGAACGGAUUCGAUGUCACGCUGAAUGCGCAGAUUCAAGGGGGGUAUUACACAUCGCCGGAGGCGCAGUAUCAGUAUCAGCAACAGCAACAGGAGGAAGAGUACCGGCGGCGGCAGCUCGAGGAGCAGCUUCGCUUGCGGCAUGUCGAGGAGAUGCGACAGGAAGAGCUUCGAAUGCGGCAGCAGCAACAGCAGCAGCAGCAACAACAACAACAGCAGCAGCAGCAGCAGCAGCAGCAACAUCAGCAGCAGCAGCAGCAACAUUACGCAUACUCUUAUGCUCAGCCGGUUUCGCCGCAUGGGCUGGUUCGACCGGCAUACGAGCCGACUCGGUCCCACUACGAGCAGCAGCAGCAGCAGCGGCCGGUCACAUCCUCCUCAUCUUCGUCGUCGUAUCACGCAGUGGCUCGACAUGCCAGCCAUGCGCAUUCACACUCUCCCCCAUCCGGUGGCUCGACCCCUGAGACGGUGUACAUGGAUGAGUCGUCGCCAGCAACGAACUAUCAGCAGCAGCCCCCGCAGUCGCAGCCGCAGCAACAAUAUCAGUGGAACGGCUACCACUACGACUACCGGCUACCGGCAGAGCAUUUUGACUCGCAUUACACCCCGGACGGCGCGAUGCGUGGGCUGGCGGCGGAGGAUCCAAGGCUGCAGGAGCAUUGGCAGAUGUAUAUGUCGAAGGUCGGAUCGCCGAGGAUGAUGCAGGACGCGUAGCGGUCGCGUGUAGAUUCAUUAUUGCUUUCUUGUUUGCUUUCGUCGCAUCUGUAUCAUUUAAAGUAGCAUAUAUUAUUGCAUGUACACUGGUAGAACGGCAGGGAAGCCUGGCUCAUGUAUCACGAAUCUGGUCUACGACGGUCAGAUGACAAUGACACUGACCUCAUUCAUGAUUCGCAGCGCUUGACACUUACAUCGACUCAACAUGGCCUGGAGAUGCACGGGAAAGACGAACAAAGAGCUUAUUCAGAACCUGGUCAACUCGCAGAUCAUCCGACUGGAGAAUCACCCGGAACGCAUAGCAAAAGCUAUGGAAUCGGUCGACCGCGCGCACUAUGUGCGGAACGCAAGCACUGCAUACGAGGACUCGCCCCAAGCCAUCGGCCACGGCGCGACGAUCAGUGCCCCGCACAUGCACGCGUAUGCGAUCGACCACCUGAUGCCGUUCCUCCGUCCAGGCGCCCGCGUCCUCGACGUCGGCAGCGGGUCCGGGUACCUCUGCGCGGUGUUGCAUCACUUGGUCUCCGAGUCUCCGGGCGGCAAAGUCGUGGGCAUUGAUCACAUCUCCGAGCUAGUCGACCUGUCGAUCGUGAACUUGGGGAAAGAUGCGGUGUCUCGGGAGGCGCUUGCGCGCGGUGAGAUUGAGAUGGUCGUCGGAGAUGGCCGCCUUGGAUACCUCGCGGGCGGGCCGUUUGACGCCAUCCACGUUGGUGCUGCUGCGCCGACGAUUCCCAAGGCUCUGGUCGAGCAACUGGCUCAGCCGGGGCGUAUGUUCAUCCCUGUCGGCACGGACGCUCAGCACAUCGUCCAAGUGGACAAGGACGCCCAGGGUAAUGUGACGGAAACACGAAUCAUGUCGGUCCAGUACGUUCCACUAACGGACAAGGAGAAACAGAUACCGUGGUAGGUUGAUAUGUAACAAGAUUUGUAGCAAUAUUCGUGUAAUCGUACAUGGGCUGGGACGUUGGGCCAACGCACAGUCCCAAGAGGUGGCAGAUCUCCGAAUCUUGGAAUUCAUUAAUGCUCAGCGACUGUCCUGAUUCCAGCACGACUGCAUCCGAAUCAGUCAAUGUUAAUUUGGGGAAUCAUCUUCAAGCUGUUUUGAGUUGAGCAUGACAAGCUGUCAUGCUUCGGCGGAAGGGGGCAUACGCAAAUCAAGGAUUUCCUUGAGUCAAGCACAGAGAAAACAACAAUUCUCUACGAUGGUCCUUCAGCUUCCAUCAGUAACUAGCGAGACAAAGUCAGCAAAAAUGUUCUCGGGAAGAUAGAGCCACAUUUGAAUCCGUUUGCGGAUCUUUUGAGCAUUGUACUGGUGCGUUGGCUGUUCGUAGUCCUUCUGCGUGUCAAAAACAGCCCUGUCCAGGACCUGCAAUGCAACCGGGUCAUUGAUCCACCCUCGGCUCUCAA